AUGCUUACGUGGACUGAGGUUUCUUCUUUUUUCGAGGACGAGGGUGAGAGCCCUGUCGAGUCUGAUGAAACAAAAGUCCAAACUUGGAGCAACCAACACUACAGGAACGAACCUGUGGUUGUUGUUGUUGCUUCACAGUUGCAAAAGUAUUCUAGUUUUGAUGACCAGAGUGGGGAGAAGCCUCUGCUUUUGCCCAUUCGAAGCUUGAAAUCUCGCUUAUCUGAAGAAGAUAUUGAUGUUCAAUCUCUGAACAUGUCAAUGAGUUCUAAAAGAUUUUCAAGCUAUUCGAAUAGAAAAGCAGAAGUUGAAGCUGUUGAUGUUGAUGUUGAUGCUGAUGUUCAAUAUCUAAAUAGGUCAACAACCUUCAAAAGUUUUUCAAUCAAUUCAAAUAGAAAUGCAGAAGUUGAAGCUGAUGGUGUUGAUACAGAUGUUCAAUCUCUAAAUAGGUCAACAAUUUCUCAAGGAUUUUCAAGCAAUUCCAAUAGAAGAGCUGAAGUUAUAAUGUUGUCUUCAAACACUUAUGUUAUAAUGUUGUCUUCAAACGCAGAGGAUUCGGUGAGGAAGAAGGGCUUCUACAAGUCUUGUCCUCCACCACCUCCGCCACCACCACCAACAAUGUUUCAGAAAUCAAUGUUCAUGAAGCCAAGGUUUGAUGGUUCAUCCAACUAA